UGUUAAUUUAUUUAUUAUUUGUAUUUCUCCAAUUUUGCAGUCAUAUCUCCUCGGCGACUGAACUGCCAUUUUCAUUCCUCUCCCAUCUCCUCUUCUUCUUCUUCUUCCUCCUUCCACUGCUCUCUCGAUCUUCCAUUUCUCUCUCAGGGCUGCAGAAAUGGCUAUGUACAUCGUGUCGAGGCGUCUCGCUGGCGGAUCAGCGGCGCCGGCUCAGCUCGUGGGAGCUCUGCGCUACGCCGCCUAUUUGCGGUCCUACUCGACUGCUUUCAGGGAGGAAAGGGACACCUUUGGCCCCAUCUUAGUUCCCUCUGACAGGCUGUGGGGAGCUCAGACACAGAGGUCGCUGCAGAACUUUGAGAUCGGGGGAGAGCGUGAACGGAUGCCUGAGCCGAUCAUCCGCGCUUUCGGCAUCCUCAAAAAGUGUGCUGCCAAGGUCAACAUGGACUAUGGGCUCGAUCCAAAUAUUGGGAAAGCGAUAAUGCAAGCAGCUCAAGAAGUUGCUGAGGGAAAAUUAAAUGAUCACUUUCCACUUGUCAUAUGGCAAACUGGCAGCGGCACUCAAAGUAACAUGAAUGCCAAUGAGGUUAUUGCAAAUAGGGCUGCUGAAAUCCUAGGUCAUAAGCGUGGAGAGAAGUUUGUGCAUCCAAAUGACCAUGUCAAUAGAUCUCAAUCUUCUAAUGAUACUUUCCCCACGGUGAUGCACAUAGCAGCUGCAAUGGAGAUUAAUUUAAGAUUGGUACCCAAUUUGAAGACCUUGCACACUACUUUGCACUCAAAGUCUGUUGAGUUUAAAGAUAUUGUCAAAAUUGGACGAACUCACACUCAAGAUGCAACUCCAUUGACUCUUGGUCAGGAGUUCAGUGGUUAUACAACACAAGUAAAGUAUGGUAUUGACCGCGUCAGUGGCACCUUGCCCCGCAUGUAUCAGCUUGCGCAGGGCGGUACUGCUGUAGGUACUGGCUUAAACACCAAGAAAGGGUUUGAUGUAAAGAUAGCUGCAGCAGUUGCUGAUGAGACUAGUUUACCAUUUCUCACAGCUGAAAACAAGUUUGAGGCCCUGGCUGCACAUGAUGCUUUUGUGGAAACCAGUGGUGCCCUCAAUACUGUUGCUGUUUCUCUAAUGAAGAUUGCCAACGACAUCCGUUUGUUGGGAAGCGGUCCACGUUGUGGCCUCGGUGAACUCAUUCUUCCUGAAAAUGAACCAGGCAGCAGUAUUAUGCCUGGAAAGGUCAACCCAACUCAGUGUGAGGCUUUGACCAUGGUCUGUGCACAGGUUAUGGGAAACCAUGUUGCCGUUUCCGUGGGUGGAUCAAAUGGCCAUUUUGAACUGAAUGUUUUCAAGCCAAUGAUUGCUAGUGGUCUUUUACAGUCGUUGAGAUUACUUGGUGAUGCUUCUGCUUCCUUUGAGAAGAACUGUGUCAGAGGGAUUCAGGCUAAUAGGGAAAGAAUAGCGAAAUUGCUGCAUGAGUCGCUGAUGCUUGUGACAUCCUUAAAUCCUAAAAUUGGCUACGAUAAUGCUGCUGCUGUUGCCAAGACAGCCCACAAGGAGGGAACUACUUUGAAGGACGCCGCCCUAAAACUUGGAGUUUUGACGAGUGAAGAAUUCGAUAAUCUAGUUGUGCCAGAGAAAAUGAUUGGACCAUCUGAUUGAAGUGAAUGACUAGUGGCUUGACAUACAGAGUUUGACGAAGCCAGGGGCUCCGGUGUUCGAUUUUUUAACAGAAUGUCUACCCUUUAAAUUAGAGGGUUUAAGAGCUACUCAAUUUUUUUGCAAAUCUCCCCAGAAAUAUUAUUCUUCGAGGUUUGCUCGAUUAGGGGCCUGUCUUUGGAGUUACAGUCAUAACUCAAGGACUUCGAUCAAGUUAAUAAGGCAGCUGCCCGCAGUUUGUAACAGCGAGAGUACAUUUGAGGCAAUUUUUUGGGGCAUGAAUAAAACGAAGGAACCAUUCUCUUUGGGCC